AUGGAGAUGAUGGCUAUGACUAUGCAACAGCAGAAUGCCUACUUUGCUAGGAUGGAUGCUGAUAGAGCUACAGCUAGUGCAGCAAGACCAUACUUCCCAGAGAGCGUGAGGCACGCCAAGAAGGCUGAGUUCAUGCGGUUGAACCAAGGAGGGAUGUCGGUGUCUGAGUAUGCGAUGAGAUUCGAGCACUUGGCUCGUUUCUUUUCGCAAGCUAUUUCUGAAGCUUGGGAGUGCCGAAAGUUUGCUGAGGGGUUGAAACAAGAGUUGAAGAGGGUGGUGGUGCCUAUGGCCAUCACUGAGUUUCUGGCCUUGGUGGAAAAGGCUAAAGUUGUUGAGCGGUUGGAAGGUGGCAACCGUGUAGUGAAGACUGCUGAGGGACCAGUUAGGUCCAAGAAAGGUGGAGGUCAGAGGAAACCAUAUGAUAGGCCCCAAUCACAACAAGGGGGUCCUAUCAUAAGGCAACCUACUAAUGCUGCUAGAGGUGGGAAACAGGGUGGAGGUGCCACUCUCAGAUGCUAUCGGUGUGCUAGACCCCACUUUGUUUGGGAUUGUCCUCACACUGAGAGCCGAUGUUUCAGGUGUAAUCAGAUGGAUCAUGAGUCGACCAACUGUCCUGCUAGAAAUAGACCGGAUAAGGUUACUCCGAGAGGUGAUAGACUUGUUGCUGCUGGGAGGGUAUUCGCCUUGAUCGAGGCUUAA